AUGGCGCGCCUCUCGCGGAGCAGCGCCAGCGCCGGCGCGUCCAAGUCUUUUACUUGGACCACCGUCUUCUACCUCCUGGUGGUCCUGAUUGCGCCCAUGGCACUCUUUGGCACCACGGCCCAGGCCGAGGAGAACGCUACUGAGAACUACGGAAAGGUUAUUGGUAUUGAUUUGGGAACCACUUACUCUUGCGUUGGUGUCAUGCAGCAAGGCAAGGUUGAGAUUAUCGCCAACGACCAGGGUAACCGUAUCACUCCUUCGUACGUCGCUUUCACCGAUGAGGAGCGCCUUGUCGGUGAUGCAGCCAAGAACCAAUAUGCCGCCAACCCUACUCGUACCAUCUUCGACAUCAAGCGAUUGAUUGGUCGCAAGUACGAUGACAAGGACACCCAGAAGGACAUGAAGCACUUCCCUUUCAAGGUUGUGAACAAGGACGGCAAGCCCAACGUUAAGGUUGAGGUCAACAAGGCCGCCAAGGUUUUCACCCCUGAGGAAGUUUCCGCCAUGGUUCUCGGAAAGAUGAAGGAGGUUGCCGAGAGCUACCUCGGCGAGACCGUCAAGAACGCCGUGGUUACUGUACCGGCUUACUUCAACGACGCUCAGCGUCAGGCUACCAAGGAUGCCGGUACUAUCGCCGGUCUUAACGUCCUCCGUGUCGUCAACGAGCCUACGGCCGCAGCUAUCGCCUACGGUCUGGACCAGACUGGUGAUGAGCGCCAGAUCAUUGUCUACGAUCUGGGUGGUGGUACCUUCGAUGUCUCUCUUCUUUCUAUUGACUCUGGAGUCUUCGAGGUGCUGAGCACUGCUGGAGACACCCACCUGGGUGGUGAGGACUUCGACCAGCGUGUCAUUGAACACUUCACCAAGAUGUAUAACAAGAAGAACAACGUUGACAUCACUAAGGAUCUGAAGACUAUGGGUAAACUCAAGCGUGAGGUCGAGAAGGCCAAGCGCACUCUGUCUUCCCAGAUGUCCACCCGCAUCGAAAUCGAGGCCUUCCACAACGGCAACGACUUCUCCGAGACUCUCACUCGCGCUAAGUUCGAAGAACUGAUCGCCGAUCUCCUGAAGAAGACCCUCAAGCCUGUUGAGCAGGUUCUGAAGGACGCCAAGGUUAAGAAGGCUGACAUUGACGACAUUGUCCUUGUCGGUGGUUCCACUCGUAUCCCCAAGGUUCAGUCUCUGAUUGAGGAGUUCUUUGGUGGCAAGAAGGCCAGCAAGGGUAUCAACCCCGAUGAGGCCGUCGCUUUCGGUGCCGCCGUUCAGGCCGGUAUUCUUUCCGGUGAGAAGAACACUGAGGAGCUUGUUCUCAUGGAUGUCAACCCUCUCACCCUGGGUAUUGAGACCACUGGCGGUGUCAUGACCAAGCUCAUCCCCCGCAACACUGUCAUCCCCACCCGCAAGUCGCAGAUCUUCUCGACUGCGGCUGAUAACCAGCCCACUGUGUUGAUUCAGGUCUUUGAGGGUGAACGCUCUAUGACCAAGGACAACAACCAGCUUGGCAAGUUCGAGCUCACUGGCAUUCCCCCCGCUCCCCGCGGUGUUCCUCAGAUCGAGGUCGCUUUCGACCUUGAUGCCAACGGCAUCCUGAAGGUCAGCGCCAGCGACAAGGGCACUGGCAAGGCCGAGUCUAUUACCAUCACCAACGACAAGGGCCGUCUCACUCCUGAGGAGAUCGAGCGUAUGGUUCAGGAGGCCGAGGAGUACGCCGAGGAGGACAAGGCCAUGAAGGGCAAGAUUGAGGCCCGUAAUGGUUUGGAGAACUACGCCUUCAGCCUGAAGAAUCAGGUCAACGACGAGGAGGGCCUGGGUGGUCAGAUCGACGAGGACGACAAGCAGACCAUCCUUGACGCCGUCAAGGAGGCCAUCGACUGGCUCGAGGAUAACGCCGCUACUGCUACCGCCGAGGACUUCGAGGAGCAGAAGGAGCAGCUCUCUGGUGUCGCGUACCCGAUCACCAGCAAGCUCUACGGCUCUGGCGCCCCCGCCGAUGACGAUGAGCCUAUGGAGCACGACGAACUGUAA